AUGAUUGUUCUGAAUGUUGCUUCAAGUGGUAUUGCUUCUUUGUUGUUGCCGGGUGGUAGAACAGCACAUUCCAGAUUUUGCAUUCCAUUGCAAACCGAUGAAACAACUACUUGCAACAUCAAACAAGGUAGUUUAAGGGCAAAUUUACUGAUCUGUACCAAAUUGAUCAUUUGGGAUGAAGCUCCUAUGUUAAAUAAGAAUUGUUUUGAGGCACUUGAUAGGACUUUGCGCGAUAUCAUGAGACUGGAAGAUGAAAGAAACAUGGACAAACCAUUUGGCAGUAAGGUUGUAGUUCUUGGUGGUGACUUUAGACAAAUUCUUCCAGUCAUUCCAAAAGGUGGAAGACAAGACAUUGUUCACCAGAGCUUGCAACAGAAAUUAAAGAAUUUGCUGACUGAAUUCUCAAAAUCGAAGAUGAACAUGAAGACUGAAAAGUUUUUGGAAGAACGAUGUAUAUUGUGUCCUACAUUGGAAUGUGUUGAGAAGGUUAAUUAUUUUAUGCUUGAUUUACUACCAGGAAUACCAAAUCAAAAAAUUAUAUUGAAGGAAGGUGCUCCGAUAAUGCUAUUGAGAACUAUAGAUCAUGCAGCUGGUUUAUGCAUUGGAACGCAACUACUAGUGGCUGAUCUUCGAACAAAUGUUAUAAAGGCCACUGUAAUAACAUGA